AUGGCUGCUCAAAACUCCUGCGACUUCCUUCAAGGGGCCCUCGCCUGCACGCUUCCCCCUCCCUGCAGCGCGCAUUACUCCGCCUCCGCGCCCACCCUCUCCGCGGAUUCCGCCGUCCUCCCCGCCUCCGCGCUCCCCUUCUCCCCCCUCUCUCACGCCCUCCUCCGCAUGAGCGCAACCACCAAGCCAUUUGCGCUCCGCGCCACCUCCCCCUCCCCUCUCCGCAACCUCCAGCAAAUCACCGAGCGCCACGUGGCACUCGCGCGCCAGUUCGCGUUGGGAUUCGCCACCAUCUGCGACCCCUACCUGAACAUUUUCCGAGGGUUGAUUCCCCCAAUUGGGGGUACCCUCGAUCUAUCGCCGAUUCUGGCUUUCGUGGUGCUCAGCGCGUUCACUAACGCGUGUGUCGCCCUGCCCGCGGAAAUGCCCGAGGGUGAGGCUCCUGGGGGGGAAGUGUCAAGGGGAAGGGGCGGAAUGCUGGGCGGCAGGCGCAGGCGUCCUGUAAGGCUCACGCGGGAGCAGAGGGAGAAGAUGCGCGCAGCUUCAAGAGCAGCUGAGCAGGGCCAGGAGGCUUAG